UUCUUCUUCAUCCUGACUAGACGCGCAAUCGCGAACGUAAACCCUAAUCCCCAAAUUCAUUCGAUCAAAUUCCCUUCGAGAGCCUGUUCAUAAUCUCCAUCGGAGGAUCCGUCAAGCUGAGGGCGUGAUUCCCCAUCCGCUAUGCUUCUCUCUCCCGGCCACUCCCCACGACAUCUCUCCUCCCCGUCCCCGGCUACAGUUCAAGACGAUGGCCAGUCUCCGGCAAACCCCAGCAAUUCUUCCUCGAUCACUCCUCGGAAUCCUAGGAAGCGGUCCAUGGUUCUUGACGAGGACACGUACGUGGCUGCGAUCGAGAAGAUCAUCGAGCGCGACUUCUUCCCCGACAUCUCGAAGCUUCGGGACCGCCUCGAUUGGCUGGAGGCCAUCAGGACCGGUGACCCGAUCCAAAUCCGCGACGCGCAGCUGAAGAUCAUGGAGCGCCGUGGGAAAAGGGUCGGUUCCUCGAACCCCGACGGCAAAACUCAGACCCCAGGUUCGACCUUUACACGAAAUUUCACUCCUUUCGAUGAUGAGUUUACCGGAAGAACCCCCCCGACCGUCGGUGGUUCGAAUAUGGAGGGAUUGUACAGUGGGGAGUGGGGUGGCGGUGAUGGCGGCGUUGAUGAUUCAUUAUCGUUAGAUGAGUUCUUUAGGAGAUACACGAGCGAAGAUAAUGAUAGUUUUUCGAAAAUCUUGGAGAAGGUGAAUAAGAAGAAGAAGGAGAAGUAUGAGUAUUUGACUGCUGGGGAAAAGGAGGCGGAUGUUAAGUCGAUCGAGGAUGUGAAGAGGGAGCGAAUUACCGAUGGAUAUGGAACAUCUAAUCAGCCUCCGAGCACCUUAGAAGGAUGGAAGUAUACUGCAAAGAAUCUGUUGAUGUACCAUCCGGCUGAUCGUGGUGAGGCCCCUUUAACGGAGGAGGAAAGGGCAGUCAGGCUUGCAGGCUUAACGAAGGAGAUUAAUCGGUCAAACACGAGGUUUCAUGGUAAAAUGUUGGAUUUGAGGCCAAAGGAGGAUGGUACCGUUGAGGUUCUUUACACCCCGGUUGCAGGUGCUACUCCAGUUCCUUCUUACAGGGAAGGAGAUAGGUUGAAGAAGUAUGACUUGGAUGAUCUGCGGAAGACUCCCAACCUGUUUUAUGCUGAGUUGAAGAAAUCAGAGAAUGGGUACAGCUUUGUGAGGACCCCAUCCCCAGCACCAGGUGUGGAUGAAUCGCCAUUCGUUACUUGGGGUGAAAUCGAGGGGACACCGCUGAGAUUGGAACCUGAAGAUACACCAAUUGAUAUUGGUGGAAGCGGAGAUGGGCCUCACUUUAAGAUCCCUCAGCCGCCUGCUCGAGAUGUGAAGGCCCAUUCUCUGUCCAGGGAGGCUGCUCGCAAACUGCGGGAGAGAUCAAAGAUGUUUCAGAAGCCUCCCCUGCCAUCUCCAGCAAGAGGCGGGAGUGCUAGUCCGAAUGUGCGGACUCUCUCCCCUGCUGCACAGAAGUUUGUGAGGAAUGCUAUUUCUAGGUCAUCAUCUUCAGUUGACGAGUCACUUCGUGCCAGUUAUCGGGGUGCCAGCCCGGGCAUUGGGACACCUAAGAAUGCAAGGAGUGUGUCUAGGUUUGGUAUGGAUGGGAGUGUAAGUUUGAGGUCACCAUCUGUUAGAGAGGGUUCAGAUUCUCGCUCGUAAUUAUGUGGUAUCUUCCUUACAAUGAGUUUUGUAAGUCACUAUCCAACGAAAAGCAAAGUUCGAUCUAGUAUCUUUGUUGCAUAAUAAUGUCAUCUCCAGUCGUUUCUGAUCAUUUCUAUUA